CGCGGCAUGUCGAGAGAAUAUCGCUGUAAAUAACAGCUUCAAUCGCAUCUCCCAAGUCCAAAAACAUUUCCUACUCUUUGCUCAACUCAUUACUUCUUUAGUCAAGUCUCUCAAUAGCUCUUUGUUCUCUUAUCUCAACGCCAUGGCCGAUCGCUACGUCACCAUUCACGAGUCUCCUAAUGGACCAGGAGAUUCUCGCCCAACAGCUGUCCAGAUCAUCAAGGAUGAAGGUCUAGAAGGAAAACUGAACGAUCAGGUCGUCUUCAUCACCGGCUGUUCCGCGGGCAUCGGAAUUGAGACCGCGAAAGCGCUGUAUCUCACUGGCGCAACUCUAUAUCUCACGGCUCGAGAUCUCGAAAAGGCAAAGUCAGCCUUGGGCGACCUCGCGCAAGAUGAGCGUGUUCACCUUCUCGAACUUGAUCUGGCGUCGCUGGAAAAUGUUCGUUCAUGCGCUGCCGAGUUCUUAUCUAAGAGUCCAAAACUCAAUAUCCUUAUCUGCAACGCUGGGGUCAUGUGUACACCAGAAGGACGCACGAAAGACGGCUUCGAAACACAAUUUGGUACAAACCAUCUUGCUCAUUUCCUCUUGUUCCAACUACUCAAACCUGCGCUGGCCAAAGGUACGACGUCUGAUCGCGCAUCGCGAGUCGUCAUGCUGAGCUCACUUGCCCAUCGCUUCGGCGAGGUCAACUUUGACAACGUCAACAUGGAGGGCUGCUACGAUGGCAACCAAGCAUACUCGCAGAGCAAGACUGCCAACCUCUGGACAGCUAAUGAGAUCGAGCGGAGGUACGCCAACGAGGGCAUUCAUGCGUGGAGUGUUCAGCCAGGCGGUGUCCUCACAGAUCUGGGAAGACAUUUAUCUGAGGAACAAAAGAGCGGCCUCGCGGUGGAUCCAUAUCUUAAAACAAUCUGGAAGCUCCCGGACCAAGGUGCUGCUACAAGUGUUUGGGCAGCUGUCGCUGAGGCUUUGGAAGGUCAAGGUGGGAAAUAUCUUGAGGACUGUCAAAUCGUCGGGAAGUGGGAUCUUUCUACUCCGCUUUAUGGAAGAGGAUAUGGGGAGCAUGCGUGUGAUACUGAGAAAGCGGCGAGAUUAUGGGAUAAGUCUCUUGAGUGGGUGGGUUUGUAGACUAGUGAAGAACCACCGAGAAAAGAGUACAAUUGUGUUUACUAACUACUAUCGUGUUCAUACCAAGAACAAACCGAGGCUCACAAGCUGCUCAUAACGUCAAUUCAAUCAAGGUCCUGUUGAGUUAUCUGCAUAGUCGGUUGUAUUUCCCAUAAAGUCAUCGCAGGAGGGAUUGAGAAUAUGGUAUCGAUAG